UGCAAUGAAGAUAUUAAGCAAAAUUUUUGGGAAUAAUUGUCCAACUGAGCCCUCAAAGUAUAUUGUGACUCGAUGGCAUUUAGACCCUUUUGCAUAUGGAUGUUAUAGUUACAUGAAAAAUGGCUCUUUACCAGAAGAUUAUGACAAAUUAGCAGAGCCUUUAUAUAUAGAUAACAAAAAAGAUUUUGCAAGAGUUUUCUUUGCUGGAGAACAUACAAUUAAACAAUACCCAUCUUCAGUACACGGGGCUUUUCUUUCGGGACUUAGAGAAGCUGGGAGAAUAGCAGAUAUAUUUAUUGGGCCAUUAUCCCCUCUUGGAGGAGAAAUAAAUGAUGAAGGAAAUGAUGAAAAUAAUUGUAUUGAUGGGCAGGGAAUAUUAGCAUUUGAAUGUCAAAAUCAAUUAAAUAUUAAAGAAAAUAAGCCUGGAAGUAGCAAUCAGAAUAAUCAGAAUAAUUAUCAGAAUCAGAAUAUUGCAGUUAAACGUGCAAAGGUAUGGGUGAAGAAAAAUUUUAAAAAGAGAUUUUUUAAAAUUAAGAUUAAUAGAAAUGGAAUAAAUAAGAAUAGAAAUGGAGAAAAUAAUGGGAAGGAAAACUAG